AUGAAACUGACUUUUCUAACAAACUCUUUAGCCAUACUAUACUUUGUAUUCUACCUUUCUUUAUGGCUUACCACUAUUCAUGCAGCAGGUGUCAUCACUCAUCUGACAUUACUCGCAAGAUCUGCACCGGAUAAUUUAAAAAGGACCCAUUACUCAUAUUUAAAGGCAGGCUCCUUCUUCCCAGAUGCAUUAUAUAAUUGUGAUCCAAAUAAUGCUGAUUGGAAAGAAUUUGCUGAAUUUACACAUUGGCCGCCCUUUUUGCAUAUCGGUAUUCAACUAUGGUCAGAAAAAUAUAAACACACUCCAAAUUCUAUGGAUUCAUUGAAUUUGAAAUCUUUACUAUUAGGUGUAUUCAUCCAUCAAAUAGUUGACACUUCAUGGCAUUCUUUGGUCCCUGAUUGGAAAAAUCAUGGAUUAUUAAAAGUAAUUAGUGAAUUGGAAUUCAAUGGCGAUGUAGAUAAUGCUCAUAAUUUUAUCGACAUUAUGGGUGAAUUUAUUCAAUUAAGCAAAAUGGCAAGGAUAAGUACUGAUAAUAACGAUAUUUGGGAUUUUUAUUUGGAAAAAAAUUGGCCCUUACCAAAAAAAGAAGACGUGGAAGAAUUAAUUGAACGAUCAGGUUUCCAACAGAAAAAUAUUGAUUUUCAAACAAUAAAAAGAUGUCUGAAAACUGGAGAAACAGCAAUUAAUGCAGAAAUAUCCACAUUUAAAAAUAAUAGAAAUAAUCUUCUAAACGUAGCAUAUGGACUAUCACCUCGAUCAGGAGAAUUUUUGCAAGACUAUUGGCUUGGAGGAGAAUUCAACUUAAUUUCAACAUUACGGAAAUGUGUGCCCGUAUUUCAAUCAUUGUUUAACCAUUACCAAGAUGUCACAAAAGAGGAUUUUGAAAAUGAAAUAAAAAUAUGUAAUAAUCAGGAAAUAAAUAAACCAUAUGUGAUAUAUCCUUAUCGGUCGGUUCUAAGCCUGGAGUUAUACAAAGAUAAUCAUUUGUAUAUAUCGCCAAUGAUUCCCUUUUCAAACUUUGGCUCAAGUCUAACUCUUGGUAGAUUUAUGGAUGAUAACGAACAGUACCUUGCAGUUGGAGCGCCAUUAGAAAAUUCACAAGGUUCUAUUUACCUCAUCCCAUGGUCAAUCUUUACUUCAGACCAGUUGGAACACACACAAGAGAUAACCCAUAUCCCAAUGGUGCCAAUGUAUGGUUCGGCAGUUCAUUCCUUCCCACUGUAUGAUUUUGACUUUUUAGUAGUUUCAGAACCUGGAUUAAAUUCUAUCAGGAUUUUUAGAGGACUGCGAUUAGUCUUAGUCUUACGAGAUUCCCUCACAUCAGAUGCUUCCCAAUUGACAGUUUCGCAAGUUUUAGAUAUCAAAGGUGAUGGUAUUCCCGAUCUUUUACUAUCUGGUAUGUAUUAUGGUGAUCAUGAGGAAGGGAGAGUAUUUAUAAUACGAGGUAUGGAGUUAUUACCUUACUUGUUUUCAAAUCAUGAUCCAAUUUAUCUAGAGAUUACUAAGAUUCCGAAUAUUAUGCUUCAAGAUAAUUAUUCACAGGGUCCUUAUCAUCAUUUUGGGUCUUCCAUGGCAGUUUCUUUCGUUCGAAUGAACAAUGAUGCUAAGAAUAGGCUACUUUAUAUCACUGCACAGAGUCAAGGUAUCGUAUAUGUAUAUGAGCUAAAUACUCUCAAUAAUACCAGUUUACCAAAAUUCUGCAUCCAAGGGAAAAAUAUAACAAGCUUAGACGAGUCAACAGCAUCCGCAAUAAAGAAGAUCCCGUCCCGCCAGCAUGGGAUGUUUGGUGUUUCCUUUUGUACUUGGCAAAGUGGGAAUGAUAGCUAUGUUGCGAUAUCACAACAUCUCUUUGAUAGAGUAUUUAUUUACAGGGAAAAUAAUGGUAGUAUAGAAUAUUACUUAACAUUAGCGCUAAAAGUUACAGUUGAUCCAGUAAAAUAUAAAAUAGGAUUUGGAUCUUCCAUUGAAUAUGAUCAUGAGAAUAAUGUAAUGUUCAUUUCGUCGCCAGGUAUAUAUGACGACACAGGCGCAAUAUGGAAAAUACCUAUGACAGAAUUGGAAAAUGCAUUUGAAAAUCAGGAGUAUGUUCUCGUUGUCAAUAAAAAAUUGGAGCACUUACAUCUAAUAAAUCCAAGAAGGAACAGCAAAGGUUCAACUCACUUUGGUAAGACUAUGUUCUUAAGCCACGAUCAUAAAUUAGUUAUCGGUAUACCUCAUGAUGGAUAUGGGAGUUUAGGGUUAAACCAAUUAGUAGGAAGUGUAAUGGUCGUUUAA